UGAAAAAAGGAUGGGUAAAUGAAUGAACAGAUGGAAUGUUAAAUGAAGGUAUGAGUAAACGCAAAAUGAACGGAAGGAUGAAUGAAAAAUGAAUGAAUGGAUGGAGAGAAUAAUGGAACGCUCGUCCCAUUCAUAAUGCUGGAAGCCCUUAAAGACGUGGUCAUUUCUGUGUCUAGUGUAAACUUGUACCUGAACUCAUGCCCGUUCUUUUGAAAGAAGUAAAGGGUGCCAGUAGUUUUGGAGCUGACUAGCAACCAAACGGCGGCCCCUACUGACUACAUGCAUGUUUACUAAGGAGAUAAAGAUCAUGGCGGCCACCACAAGCUGAACAUCUUCGACAUUUGCAUCCCUUUUAGAUCUCAAAACGCUGUGGCUUUCCUCGGGGUGGAAGAAUUGGCAGUUCAGCUAAAGUAAAGAUGUCUUGAUUCGCUUCUUAUCCGUCUCACGCCAUUGCGCUAGCUACCUAGCUAAACGGCGACUCGCUAGCUUGAUGCUACAUUUUGAGUUUUAUUAAUUAAUCAAUAGGCAAAUGCCGUAAAGACACGCCAUGUUAUAGUUUAUACAUUUUGGCUCCUGAAUGUUUAUUCUGUGCGUAACAUAUUUGUGAACAACAGUUGUGGACGUUAUGCUGGAUGCUAUGCUGUUAGCCACCUAGCUAAGCAGCUAACAACAUCCUUCGCUUCCGUUAUUGCCAUCAAACCGGAAGCAAAAAAAAAAAACAAACACAAGAUUGGGCAUGGCGACGGUGUCCAUCAGAGGUGUGUAUUUCAUCCUCACGCUCUUCCUUGGCAGUUUCUUCGGCAGCAUCUUCAUGUUGGGUCCGGUGCUGCCCGUCAUGCUGCUGUCCCCGGCCUGGUACCGCUGGCUUACGGACCGCAUCGUGGCCACCUGGCUCACCCUCCCUGUGGCUCUGUUGGAGCUGGUGUUCGGGGUAAAGGUGAUCAUCACGGGCGACGGGUUCGUUCCCGGCGAGCGCAGCGUGAUCAUCAUGAACCACCGCACGCGUCUGGACUGGAUGUUCCUCUGGUGCUGCCUGCUGCGGCACAGCUACCUCCGUCUGGAGAAGAUCUGCCUCAAAGCAGGGCUCAAAGCCGUGCCUGGUUUCGGCUGGGCGAUGCAGGUGGCCUCGUUCAUCUUCAUCCAUCGCAAGUGGGAGGAGGAUCAGAAUCACAUGACCAAUAUGCUGGAGUACUUCUGUGAUAUCAGGCAACCGCUGCAGCUCCUGCUUUUCCCUGAAGGCACUGACCUCACCGAGAACACUCGUGCAAGGAGUGACGAGUAUGCUGAGAAGAACGGCCUGCCAAAGUACCAGUACGUUCUGCACCCACGCACCACCGGAUUCACCUUCAUCGUGGAACAGCUGCGCAAAGCGGACAAUCUGGACGCUCUGCACGACAUCACCGUAGCAUACCCUCACAGCGCCCCUCAGACAGAGCGCCACCUGCUGGCCGGAACCUUCCCAAACCAGAUCCACUUUCAUGUGCGACGCUACCCAGUGUCCUCCCUGCCCGAGGAAGCCGGUGCCCUUCAGGCUUGGUGCCAGGAGCGCUGGGCGGAGAAAGAAGAGCGUCUGCGCUCGUUUUACAGCUCGCAACGCUUCGACGAAGCCGACGCCCGCAUCCCACCUUGCAAGAGCGAGCUGAGGGUGGCGCUGAUCAAAGCCGCGUCGCUGUGCUACUGGAGCGCCUUCAUCGCCUUUUCCUUUCUGGGACUCUGGCUCUGGAUGCCGGUGCGCAUCUACUUCCUGGUGGUGCUGAUCUUCUUCCUGGUUCAGCAGAAGGUAAUGGGCGGGGUCGAGCUGAUCGAGCUGGCGUGCCAUCGACGACUGAAAAGAACAGAGGAUGGGCCAGGAAGAAAGAAAGAUUAAGACAUUUCUCUCGCUUCCCGUUCUCAUGGAGCAGGAAGUGGAGCCCCCUUCUGGACACAAGUGUUUACUACACACUGAGUACAUUAGCAAAGGAAGGGAAGAAGUGAUAAGGAUUAAGUGAGAUCUUGAAGCCUGAAAAAUCAGUGCUGGAAAUGUUCCGUUUUAUAAUUUUCACGAGUAUGAACGGAGUGUGUGCGUGUGUGCGUGUGUGCGUGUGAGCGCACACGCAUUUUUAUCCGGUUGGGUUUCACCCACAUUUUCUCAUGUAUCAGUCUUUUAUUUUAUAUGUAUAUAUUUAUCUAUAAUUUUCCUCCUGUGGUUCUUUCCUUAUAAAAAAUACUUUUAGUCUUUUUUUUUUCUUUCUUUUAUUUAUUGGUUUUAUAAAAAUGGACUCAAGCACAUAGGUGGCUCUGAUAUUCCCCCCAUGUCUGUUUCUUUCUUUCUUUCUUUCUUUCUUUCUUUUUUUCUACCUUUUUUUAUGCCUUUCUUCCUCUUUUUUUCUUUCUUUUAAUCAUUCAGAAAAGAAUUGAAAGCCAAUGUCAAGAUUUAACACUACAUUUUUUUUGUUUGUUCUUUGUUUUUUUUUUUGUUUUUCCAUGAGGAAAAAAAACAAGCUGGAUGUAAAUCGAGGUUUAGUCAAAAGCCCUACGUACAGCUUUAUAUUUACAAAUUGCCUUAAACACCGUAUAAGACGGACGCACUACUAUAUAUAUAUAUCUGUGUGUAUAUAUCUCUCCAUAAUGUAUCCGAUCUUUCUUCUAAAUAACAAACAGCCGCGCGUAUUGCAUGCCGCUUCGGCUCCGUCCCAAACGACUCCUCCCUUUUGGCUGUACUGUGAUGUAGGGUUUAGAACUAAUAACUCCCAUUCCUUUAUGUCUAUUUAGAUAUACCGGAGUGUUUAAUACGGCUCGUCGACCCUAAGUAGUGCACUAAAUACCUAGUAUGGAACCUCAGGAAUGAAUUUGUGCUCUUUUUUUUCUUGGACACUAACUGAUCGAGGGUCUGCUACGUAGGGUGUGAAGUCAGGACGUUUACGUUCUCUUGUCUUUAGGGCUAAUCGGAGUGUAGGAAAUAGACGGUAGAACAUUGCUUAUUCUUCUGUUUCGUCCUCGGUAGUCAGACAUACAUCGAUUACAUCCGAUGUACUGCACCUAUUAAAGAUACUUCCCAUUUAGAGCCUGCAGAGGAUUUGGGACUCUGGUGUCUAAGGAUAUAAAGUUCCCUAGAAAGCCAGCUCAGUAGUUGAAGUAGUUGACUAAACCUUAAUUCGUUAGUGGUAUUUGGGACGGGGCCUGUGCUAUGGUGUAGUGAGUGUGUGGGGAAGGUUUCUUAUUCUGCUGAGGGAAGUUUUUGGUCCUCUAUUUUCUUGUUGUUUGAUGGGUUUUAUAGGACUGUUUUACAGGGUAAACCACACACACACACACACACACACACACACACACACCUCUAGAUUUCCCUGCUAUCAAUCAACAAACUCAUAUAAAACCAUAUUCUCCUCCUUGGUGUAUGUGACAAUCUAUUCAUGUAGCUUUUAAGUGUGUGUGUGUGUGUGUGUGUGUGUGUGUGUGUGUGUGUGUGUACUCUUCUGUUCUCCUCAUCCAGGGAAAUGAAGAGUGUGAUGAAAAGCCCUUGCUAAAAGUUUACAUGUUGAACAUUUCAAAACACAAUCCAGCCACUGUGAUGAACGUUAUAUAUGCGUACACGUCGCCAGAUGUUAUUUUCCGAUCGUCCGCUUUGACGCAGAGUAGACACAGAAACACAGAAAACAUAGCCGCGAUCAGCAGGGGUUCACGCAUUUCCCCUGUAGCUGCCGCUCGACGUCAGCUGGGGUCGCGUGUAAAUUUCAGACGCCCGUCCUGGAAAGAUCACAAUUAGCAUAUUAUACAAACGAGCGCCGAAUGUAGCCAUCCGAAAGCGAUUCGCGUUCAGGGAACGAGCAUGGAAGUAUUUUCAGGAGCUUGCAGGUCAGGAACCUAAUUAAUGCAUUCAUAAUACAUCAGUCGCAAGAACGCUCACCGUUACUCUCCUCUGUAUCUUUGAAGAGCUUUCUACCAUGGAGUUCCAUCCAAUCUACAGGUCGGGUCCUGGCGAUGCCCGAGCCGUUUGCUAGAUUACAAUUGUAAUAUCGGGUAUGGAAUAUUUAUGAAUGUAGUUAUAGGACAUUACAGGUGCAUUAUAGGAUGUACAUCGAUCAGGCAUAACUUAAUAACCACUGACUGUUGAAGUGAACAACUGAUUAUCUCUUCAUCAUGGCACCUGUGGGUGGGAUUUUUCAGGCAGCAAGCGAACAUUUUGUUCUCAAAGUUGACGUGUUCGAAGCAGGAAAAAUGGGCGAGUGUAAGGAUUCAAAACUGCAGCGAUUGUAAGCAGUCUGCAGUGGUCUAUCAAAAGCGGUCCGAGUGCUAAACCAGGGUCGUGGCGCGUGAGGUCCUGUAGCUCAAACUGCUGAAGAAGUUAAUGGUGUUAACGCUCACGAGUGUUUGAGCAGCAAAAGUGGGACCAACCCAAUAUUAGGCCAAUGGUCAUAAUGUUAUGCCUGAUUUGUGUAUACUAUAAGGACAAAAGCUUGUGGACACCUGAGUAGAUGAUCAUUAUGUGCUUUUUGAGCAUCCCAUUCCAUAUUUAGUCGCUGUUUGCUGUUCUAAAAAGCUCGGUUUCUGUGAGAUUCCUUCAGCCACGAGAAUGUUGGUACUGAUGUAAGUGAGGUGAGGAGGCCGGGGGUUGCAAUCAGUGUUCACAUUCAUCCCAAUAGGUUUUCUGGCUGUAUAGGCAGAAGAUCUUCCAGUCUAGAUCAUGUAAUGAUCUCUUCAUGGAGCUGGAACAGUUUUUGGGUCUCCUUGCUUGUGUGAAGUGGAAAUUUCAUGCAACCACAUCCAAAGAGAUCCUAUACAAUUAUGUGGGAACAGUUUUGGCGGGGGAAAAGCACAUACAUCUGCAAGAGGUGUUCCAAUAUUUUUGUCUGCAUGAUGUGUAUUCGUUUGAUCCUAAUACAUACUUUGUUUUUUUUUUCUCUGUAUGUAUGUUUCAUGUUGGUGCUUGAGAGUCUCAUGCUAUCCUCAGGUACACUUUCGUUUUUGUUGAUCACUUUCAUGGUCAUGCUGUUCAUGGUCUGUCGAUGCUGCAAUAAAUAUCUACCCGUA